AUGGCUGAUAACUCGAGCUCAAAGGCCAGACCUCCCAUCUAUCCUACUGACCGCGAGGGAUUCUUCGAGAGAUUCCUUCGUCCUAGCUCCCAUAAAACCAAGACCGAGGACAAGGAGUAUGGGCAUGAGAGCGAGGCCAAAAAUCCAACCCAACCCCAAAAGCAGGAGUCUGAGAUGGAAAAACUCAAGGAUGAUCUAAAAGAGCACGAGAAGAAGUUCAAAGACUACAUUCACAAAGAUGAAGAGUUAAACGAAGAUGGACAUAUUUAUGCUGGAUUGAUGUAA